GUCCCUCCUUCUCCUCCUCUCUCCGCUGAGUUUCAUGUGUCUAGUCAUCAGAUCUGCACCCACACAGAACAGAUUUAUCAAAAAUUGGAAUACAUCAUCACCUCCCAGCUCCUUAAAACCUCAAUCCAAUGUCUCUCAUUGAGUCCCUCGUUUCAUCCACCUUCUUUAUUCCUGUCUAGUCUGCUAUCAACCCCUGUCGUGUUUGUAGACAUCCGUUAAUUCCCAGUCUCCGCUCUUCGGAAAUGACCCCCUGUCACUUGAUUUUCUUGUACAUCAGGCUCGUUUUAAGUCACAGAAUGCUGUAAUCCACUACCAUCUCCUGUUCCUUUUUUUAAAAGCUUUCUAUAAAUACUCUUCUCUGCGUUUUUCUUAUUCUGUUAUUACUAUUAUUAUUAUUUUAGCUUUAGCCGUUUCUACUUGUUUCACUUUGUCUCUGGACGUUUUCUUUUGGUUGUUGUAAAGUGUUGUGGCUGCCAUGUGGUCCAACUUUUUUUUGCAACAGGAAGAGGAUGGAAGAGGUGGCAUGGGGGCGUUGGGUGGAGCUGGCAGUAAAAGUGGGCGCACAGGUAAACGGGCGAGGCCCCCCCGAAUGAGUGACAGUCAGGAGGGCAAGAUCAAGCUGGUGUUUUUUUUGGUCCUCAUUGGAGUGACGCUGACGGUACUUGGCAUGGGCACGGAGUUCUGGGUGGAGCUUUCCCAGCCAAAACACUUCAGGAACAACCACACGUGUGAGAUGGCGCAUUACGGCCUGUGGAAAUCUUGCGUUCGCACGCUGUGGGUGUCAGAUAUUGACCCGGAGAGGGAGAGCUGUGGACCUGCAGAGCUACCUGGAGAAUCCAACUGCACAUACUUCAAAUUCUACACUUCUGGCGAGAAUGCUGUCAUAUUUAAGAAAACCACACAAAAAAGUUUGCAUAUAGCAGGUGCGAUGCUGGCUCUGCUCAGUUUGUUUAUGAUGGUCAUGGGCUCGGUGUGUAUCACUAUGUCAAUCAGUAAGAGUGUGCCCUUCUUCCUCAAGCCUGCUACCAUCUGCUUCGUCUUCUCAGGUAUCCUUGUCCUGUUGUCCAUCAUAGUUUUCCACCAGUCUGUCCUGGCGCUAUUGGCAAGCGAUCACAGUAUCCCUCUCCAUCACGAGUUGUCCUGGUCAGUGGCGUGUGUUGGCUCGUCUGGGGCCAUUCUCAUUUUCGGAGGCCUUAUUUUCCUGUUGCUUUCCCUCCCCUACAACCCCCUGGAGAAAUGUUUUCGUCAGCAGAGCAGUAGCGAUGCCUAGCUGUCAGUGAGCUAAGUAGCACAUGAUCUUUUAUACUCUUAUGCGGAGAUUAUCUGAUGUUAUUAAGGACUCUCAAAAGUUAAUGAUCUGCCGUAUCCUGCAUUAGAAUUGCUCAUUAGUAACAUUAUAGACCUUAAUGCACAUGCUUACACCGACUCUGAAAUUUGAGCUGAUCUUUCUACGGUGGCUCUGUACAUAAAAUCAGUGACCAACAGAUCUGUUUACUGUCUUUAACGGCUUAAUUUACACAACAUGCUGUGCUUUUAUGCGUUGUCCAUUUAUUUGCAUUGCUGAUUUGUAUAAAAAGAAAGCGGAUUUGAUGACUUGGCUUGUAAAACUGACUGAAGGCCUCUAAAAAAAAUUUUUUGUUUCUGAAAAUAAAAAAAAAAUAAGGUCACACUUUAUUUUAAUGGUCUGUUUGUUGAAUUUAAGUUACAUUGCAUCCUCAUGCCAACUAAUUCUCGUUAGAUUGUAAGUAGACUGUUAGGUUGGGGUUGGGGUUAGGGUUAGUGUAAGUUAACAUGUACUAGCAAAAUUUCUUAUAGUCAGUUAAAUGUCUGUUGAAGGAGCAGUCUCAACAGAUAUUAAGCAGACAGUCUACUAAUACUCAAAUAGACCAUCAAAAUAAAGUGUUACCAAAAAUAACUUCUAGGCUAAAGGUUUGUUCACACUAAGAAUGAAUAACUAUUAAAAAUAACCACACAAAAUUGUCCACACAAGUGCACAAUAGCAUUGUUUAUCAUAUUUAUCAUAGAUUAGCAUGCUGGAGUUGCAUUAAAUUUUCAUUCUCAAGAAGUUGGAUAGAUGUUGAUUGGCAGUUGAUGUUUUAUCACUCAUCAGCUGAAAAAAAAAGCAUUAUAGCAAUUAAUUUUUACAGUUUUGUUUUGUUGCGUUGUUAUAAUUGUGAUUUAAUUGCGGAUUUUAGUUUUUACAGUUCUUGGCCUUAAAUCCUGUCUACAACAAGAACAAUAACUACAACAACAGCUGCAGUGUCCACAGAAAUAUGCAAAGUGCAAUGUGCCUCUUUUAUUCUCCACUUUAUGCUGCAGCACUUAAAGGUUAAGUGAAUUCUGAUUGGCUGUCAAAAGCCUUGAAAUUAACAUAUGGCGCAGGACCUCGGAAUGUCAGUGUUGUUGACAAAUUUCCUUCUUUAUGUUACGUUGCUAGCUUAAAAAUAAUUAAUAAUAGAAAAUCUAAAAAAAUAAUGGGUAUCAUGGUGGCUUAAUGGUUAGCACUGUCGCCUCACAGCAAGAAGGUCACUGGUUUGAGUCCCAACUGGGCCAGUUGGUAUUUCAGUGUGGAGUUUGUAUGUUCACCCCAUGUUGAUGUGGGUUUCCUCCGGGUGCUCCGUUUCCCUCACAGUCCAAAGACAUGUGCUAUAGGUGGUGAAUAAACUAAAUUGGCCAUAGUGUAUGAGUGUGUGUGUGUGUGUGAUUGAGUAUAUGGGUGUUUCCCAGUACAGGGUUGCGACUGGAAGUGCAUCAGCUGUGUAAAACAUAUGCUGAAAUAGUUGGGAGUUCAUUCCGCUGUGGCAACCCCUGAUAAAUAAGCAACCCAGGCUAAUUCUGAAAAUGUAGACCCGUGGAUAUUUCUGGAGGCCGCGAAAUACGUCCCGGGAGGUAUUUUCGUAUCUCGAAUGUCUCUCAUGAGUGCCGUUUGCGCCUGCGCUGUUCUCGCGUAAACCCACCAGAGGCCGCUGUCGUUUGACAGUCCGUCUGACUGAAUGAAUGAUUGACUGGGCGAUCGGCCAAUCGACUGACCCACCCUCCUCCUUCCCUAAACCCCACCCAUUUUACAGAUUGACCCGCCAACCCAAUUACUUUCCUAAACCAAACCGACGAUUUACAAAAGCCGUCCAGAAAAAGAAAAGCCCUCGUCUGAUUUUUACCACAUUUUCCGAUUUUCACUGCAUUCUCAACCCUGUUUAUUCACUCGUUUAUUGUAUUUUUUUGGAUUCUGUUUUUGUCUUAGCUGAUUUCUGGAACCGCUCUUCCCCAGACUCAAACCCAGUCGCUGUCGUCGUGCUUCUCUCUGUGUCUCAAGUCUGCCGACGUACACGUCGAGCUGACUUUACAAGCUGGUUGCGGCGGGAAAGCCUGUAAAGCUGUAAAACACUGCAAAGUCUUAUAGAACCCUUAUUAACAUUAUAAAAGUGUAAAACAGUGUGUUUUUGAUCUUUUGUUGUUUGAUUAAUAGCUGCCAUUACUUUAACAGCUAAUGCACAAACCCAGUACACUGAUACUUCUGUAUGUACUAAUGCCUUGUUUCCACUGAGCAGGGCACUUAAGUAUUAUACAAUAUGGUUCGAUACUAGUCACCCAGAUCAGGCUGGUGUUUCCACUUCUAAUAGUACCCUUACUUGGUAGAUGUGGUAAAUGCCAGAAUUUUCGCUCGAAGAAGAAAGCUAUAGGGCCGUUCACAUAUUGCUUCUUGUGUGCACUCCAGUUUAUAAUUUUGAAUGUAGAAGUUCAGUAAAGAGUCGUAAAUAAAGGAAGCUGCACUUCUCAGGAUUUUUCACGUUUAGGGGCCGAUCACAUUAGGGUUGGGUCAAUAGACAAUACCAUCGUCCAUCGCCGAUGGCCAAUAGACAUCACGAUGCUGAGCCAGCAUUGUGAUCCUCUGCCCCGCGCCCGUUGCAGCAGCAACCUGCUCAUGAAAAAUACACACUUAGGCCCCGUUUACACUAAUACAUAUUAGUUUUAAAAUGGCAUGUUAGGACGAAAACUAUCCACGUCCACACUGGCAUUUCAUCUAGCAUUUCUUAAAAGCCCUCCUUCUACACUAUACCACUAAAAAUGCACAUCACGUGACCACAAACAAACACACACACUCACACACACAGGCAUGCGCUGCAGCAUAUGCGCACGUUUGAGCUCCACGCAGUAAGCGGGUGCUUUGAGCACAAAACCCCAAAGAGCAGUGCAUGUCGGACAGUUUAUAAAGGAUGUACAGCUUGAUUGUGUCUCACUAUAGUUGUUAAAGGUGAUAUUUAAUUAAUCUUGUCUCUAUGUAACGACUCUUUGGUCCUUUGAAUCUAUGAGGUAACGUGUCACAGCGUCUGUACACUGCUUCAAUCUUUCGCUUUCACGCUUGUACUUAGUAAUUUUAGCGAAAAACUCAGAUACUGUUGGUUGGUUUCUGUUGGUUGUGCACCUUUUUUACCAACCAAGUUUGUCGACGCCAUUAUAACAACACAGAUAACUCUGCCUAUUCAUGCCAGAGUCCCACGGAACUAGACAGUCCCGCGAUUGACAAGUGGUAAUUUGUGUGUAACUUAUCUUUAUUUAUUUAUGAUUUGGAUAUGUGUAAAACAAAGACCAUGCGGGUCAGGUAGUUGAAACGGUAGGCUACAAAGAAUUAAUUUGUUAUGAAUCAAUUAAUUAUUCAUAAAUUGUCCAUCGUGAUGUUUCACAUUAGCUAUCGUCCGAUGCCAAAUUGGUCGACAUCGCCCAACCCUAGUACACAUCAUGUCUUUUGUGCGUGCAAGUUUGUUAUUUUGAAUGGAUGCACGCAGAUUGUGCGCACAUAUUGGGAGUGACACCUUCGCACUUUUCAGGUGCACCUUGUCAAAAAUAUCUUAAUUUUUCAAAAUCCCCCGCACAGCUACUGAUCAGCUUCAUACUUUGUAUGGAAUAUACACAUUUGGGUAAACUAAUUACUUCAGACAAACACACCCAAACAAUGCAGUGCGUUUUAAUUUUCUCCAUAAAUUAUAAUAAUAAAACUUGUAUCAUCCUCUAAGAAAAUGGUUGAUGGUUGCCUAGCAAUGACAAAUGACAAAACAGCACGAGCGCUAAAACGUGUUGAAAAUGGUGAAGGAAGCGACGUGCUCGCACUUUCCGCAUGCUUUUAGACGUGAUAUGUGAACGGCCCCUCACAUAGACGCGAUUUGUGAACAGCCUCGUAAAUAACAUUGGAGGACAUCCAGCAGACCCUGUUCUUGUUUUUUGGUAUGUGGCUGUUUGUCAUAAGAUGACAACAAGCUUUGUUUGUGCUCGAGUCGACCUUUGCUGCACAGAGUUUUUGUAAUAUUACUGUUUCACAUUUUGGCUGUUUUUUUAAAAGUGAAGCUUCCUGUGUUGUCAUUCCUUUACAACCUCUGCUGAUGAUUCUUUGUAAACCAAUAGUGCCCAGCAGAGUCUAGAGUCUAGAUUCAUUUUUGGUACCAUACUGUUGUGCUAGUUACACCUAGGAAAGUGCCAAAAAAUGUGAAAGUGGUAAAGGAAAGAAAUGUGGACUGUAAUGUGCUGUACAGCAGUGGUCCUCAACCACCGAGCCGUGGACCGGUACCGGUCUUGUGGAUCAAUUGGUACCGGGCCACAAAAUAAAUCAUUCAUUAUUUCCGUUUUAUUUAUUAUCUGAGCCUGAACAAUCUUUUAUUUUAAAAAAAGUUUUAUUUUGGAAAAGUACUGUAUUCUCGUCACUUGAACACCCAAAUUUAACUCACAAGCUGCAAAUUGAGUAAGAAACAGACGUCUUUGGAAAGUUUCUUUGCGGUAAAAUUGUUAAGCAUUGACCGGUCCAUGGUGACAACAAGAUUGGGGACCGAUAAUCACACCUGAAUCCGCUCAGUGAAAGCAGACCAUACACCAUUAACAAUUUCCUGUAGAAUCUACAGUAACUUACUGACAGCAGUUCCCCAGUAACUUCACUUUAAAUCAAUUACAGCAAAAAUACUGUAUUUACAUUUGAAAUAUUUGGGCUGAAAGAUUUAACAUAUUUAGUUUCGAUUUCCAAUAUUUUUUGUUUGUGUUGUUAUCAGAUGUAAUUUGGACUUUUCAUCUACUAAGAAUUAGAAGGAUUAUUACAACUUUUAGCUAUAGUUUUCAUUCUUGGUGUGAACAAACCUUAAGAAAGAUUAGUAAAAGUUUUACAUUUAUCAUUAUAGUUAUCAUUCUUAACAUAUAAGAAGUUUAACAAGGUGUAUCGCUUUUCCUGGCUAAAAUACUACCUUACCAAGUGGAUUUAUGCUGGUUAGUGGUGGCUUGCGAACAUCAUAAUAAUAAUAUGCUUAAUUAGCUAUGUUUCCAUCCACCUAUUUAAUGCACAUUUUAAAACAUCACAUAAAAGAAUCCUUAUUGUUUAUGCCAAGAUGUACAUGAGUUUGAAAAUGUGCAUAAAAAACUAAAGGAUAAACUUUUUAACUUGUAAGGAAAAAUGGAAACACAUUUACUGAAAAAUUUCUAGAAUGUGCUUCAAAGUCAGGUGAUUUUGUUUUAUCAUUUAAUGUGAUAACAAAAAUGGGCAUGAUGGGAUGGCGUUAAAGUAGUGUUUCCUUGGGAUGCUCCAAUCGAUCAGCCAAAGAUCGGUAUCGGCCGAUAAUCAUAUUUUAUGACUCGAUCGGUACUCGCCAAUCUGGCCGAUCUCAUGAACCGAUCGCAGAUGUUUGUUUACAGAUUUACAGACAGAGGAACAUGCAUUCUGUGUUUUUUUUUUCAAUAUUACAAGUUAACUAAAACCUGGCAGAAAAUUUUUAUGAUAUAAAAAAAGUUAAAAUAAUUUUUAAAAACUUGAAUAUUUAAUAAUAUAUAUAUAUAAUAUAAUAAUUUUGUUAUAUUUUAUUUCAAUAAAUAAAUAUGACAUAAUAAUAAAAUCGGCUGCAAAAAUCCUGAUCGGAGCAUCCCUAGCCUUGUGGAACAGGGCUGGGAAACACUUCAUUAAUGGACAAACCAACAGGCUGACCACAUUCUAGAACAUCUGAAAUGUUGUUUUGGUCAAUCUAAAAGUCUGUAAACAAAGUGUUUUAGUAUUAUUACCUCCCAAAACUUUCUUCAGCUCCUGCACUCUUAAAGAGCGGCCUCAUGCCUUCAAUAUCUAAAAUGGUGCGGCUCAUCUCAUCUCAUUUUCGUCCGCUUUUCUGGGGCCGGGUCACGGGUGUAGCAGUGCUAGGAGAGAACCCCAGACUUCCCUCACCCCAGACACUUCCUCCAGCUCCUCGGGGGUGUUCCCAAGGUGUUCCCAGGCCAGCUGAGAGACAUAGUCCCUCCGGCGUGUCCUGGGUUUUCCCCGAGGCCUCCUCUUGGUGGGACAUGCCUGGAAAACCUCCCUAGUAAGGCAUCCAGAAGGCAACCGAAACAGAUGCCCGAACCACCUCAGCUGACUUCUCUCUAUGUGGAGGAGCAGCGGCUCUACUCUGAGCUCCUCCCCAGGUGUCAGAGCUUCUCACCUUAUCUAUAAGGGUGUGCCCUGCCACCCUGCGAAGGAAAUGCCUUUCAGCCGCUUGUAUCCGAGAUCUUGUCCUUUCGGUUAUGACCCAAAGCUCAUGACCAUAGGUGAGAGUAGGAACGUAGAUUGACCGGUAAAUUUGCCUUUCGGCUCAGCUCCUUCUUUACCACAAGGGACCGAUACAUAGACUGCAUUACUGCUGCCGCUGCACCAAUUCACCUGUCAAUCUCACGUUUCAUCCUUCCCUCACUCAUGAACAAAACCCCAAGAUACUUGAACUCCUCCACCUGUGGUAAGGACUUUCCUCCAACCUGGAGAUGGCAAACCACCUUUUUCCAGUUGAGCACUAUGGCCUCGGACCUGGAGGUGCUGAUUCUCAUCCCAGCUGCGUCACACUUGGCAGCAAACCGCCCCAGUGUAUGCUUAAGUCUAUGUUCGAUGAAGCCAACAGAACAACAUUGUCUGCGAAUAACAGAGAUGAAAUCCUGUGAUCGCUGAACCGGACCCCCUCCAGCCCAAGGCUGUGCCUUGAAAUUCUGUCCAUAAAAAUUAUGAGCAGAAUUGGUGACAAAGGGGCAGCCCUGCCGGAGUCCAACAUGCACUGGAAACAAGUCUGUCUUUUUGCUGGCAAUGCUAACCAAACUCCUACUAUGCUCAUACAAAAUGGUGCCUUAUUCGCAAAUGUUUAUUCCAGUUUUGUGCAUGAAUCUAAUUUGCAUCAUUGGAUGGAAACAAGCUAUUGUUACUAUUACUAUUACUAUUAGUUACUAUUGUUACUAAGCUGUUUUUAUUGGAAACAUAAGCUAUAAGUUAAGUUUAGUUAAGCUAAUUUAUAAGCCAACUGGGGGCAUCAGCAUACCUGGUGACCAGGCACAGUGAUCACUUUUAGACGUGUUAAAAGUAUUUUUUGAACAACUUAUGUAUUGUUUUGGUUUAAUAUUAAUCUGUGUAUUUAUGCAUUAAAAAUCCAAAUAUAUCCAUUAUAUACUGAUAUUUUCUGCUAGGUUUUGUGAGCAGCAGACUCGAUACAAAAAAAUCUUAAACAUCAUUAUUUAUUUACGUAUAAAACUACACCACAUUAACUUACUGCUUCAUUUGAAAUGGACGCAUUUCUAUUGUGUGUAGUGGAUAAAUUGGAACAUACAGACCCAUCAUUGAGCAAUUUUUCAAUGUAAAUAGUGUUUAUAUUGUACUCCAGUAGACAUGAGACUCCUUAGACACCUUUCAUUUGCUAAACUUUCUUCCUCUCCUUCUUUCUUCUACCUGUUCUUCAUUUGAUUGUUUGUCACUCUCUUUUCAUCAUGUCAACUAGAUUUACUUGAGGAAUAAAUCUCUUUCACCUCA